AUGAAUAAUUCCCAGGAGCAAUCAGCCUCAGUGGCCGGAAACGAGACAUUUGGGGACAACAGCAGUCUGGUGUAUGAAAUCUACGAGUACGAUUAUGAGGAAUCGCAUUACCUGCCCUUGUCAGAGGCGCUGCCUGUUACCUUGACCUACUCGCUGACCCUGAUUCUAGGUGUCAUCGGCAACUUUCUAGUGAUAUUUUCUGUUGCCUACUACCGUCGGAUGAGAACUACCACCAAUGUGUUUCUAUUCAGCCUGGCAUCGGCGGACCUUCUUCUGGUGCUCAUCUGUGUACCUGUCAAG